GGAGGACGAGGACCCGGAAGGGGGCACUUGGACAGCGGGGAAACAUAAUGACAGGGGCGUUUUAAACAGCGUAAUGCUGAAAACCGAGGGCUGUAAGAAGGCGACUGGCAACGGUGUGAACCGGGAGGACGGGAGCACGGGAGAGGCGGAAGAAACGGCCGCGAGAAAGCCGCUGCUGGAGAUGAGACCUCAGACGCUGCUGCAGAAACACUCGCUCUUCCAAGCCUGCUGGCUGGAGGAGUUUCCCUGGCUCAGAUUCAGCCACGAAACAGGACUCAUGUCUUGCUCCUGGUGCCAUAACAUCGCCACCAACAACAGCGACGAGUUGGUAAAAGGCAGUCGGAAUUACAAGCGGGCCUUGCUGCUGAGACAUCACCUGUCCUCGGAGCACGGCAGGAAUGACCCGACCAAACAGGAGAUGGAAAGGCCAGAGGACGCGGAAAGCCCGGAGGUGGAGGACUACCGGAACAAGCCCAACGAGAACUCGUACUGCUACCAAUUGCUGCAGGAGCUGGACAAACAGCGCAAGAGUGGCAUCCUCUGUGAUGUCAACAUCGUAGUGAGCGGUCAGGUGUUCAGAGCACACAAGAACAUCCUGGUCGCCGGGAGCCGCUACUUCAAGACCCUUUACUGUCUGACAAAGAGCGAGAGCUGUGACCAAACUACCAUUACACACCUGGAUGUGGCAGCCGUGCAGGGCUUCUCUGUCAUCUUGGACUUCCUUUACUCUGGCAACCUCUUGCUCACUAGUCAGAAUGCCAUCGAGGUGAUGUCUGUGGCAAGUUACCUCCAGAUGACCGAGGUGGUCCAGUCCUGUCGCGCCUUUAUCAAAGACGCCCUUAAUAUUAGCAUCAAGCAGGAAGCCCCCGAUUCUGUGGUGGUUGACUAUAAUAAGAGGCGGACUGUGGCAAAAGAUUGUCAGGGUGCCGACAAGAAGCCUAGCAAUUUCUGGGCCACCAGCAUCCUGUCUAAGCUAUCCAUCAAGGCCAGUGUCCAAGGCCAAGUGAAGGAUGAACCCAGCGAUGUGGAAGUGUCUGGGGGAGAAGGCUGUGCGCUGGGAAGCUCUGGUUGGGGUGGGGAGAACUCGUCCGAGUCCACAGAGACGGAGCCACAGGGACCGGGUCCGGUGUUUGUCUGGAACCCAGAUCCCAGCAAUGGGGCUACCGUCAAGCAGGAGGUGCGCUCUGAGCCAGGUAGUGGAAGGCGGAAAAAACAAGCCGCCAAGCGUUUCGUCUACAACAUCCCACCUGAGCCCGAAGAGGGUUUUGAUGAGGGCAUGUUCAUCCAACCGUCUGCCUCCUACACAAGAGAGGACUUCUCUUACCUCUCAGAGAAUGCCGGCGAAGCGCCGGAAAACGCCCUCAAUAAGCUGAAGUGUCCCCACUGUAACUACAUUGCCAAGCACCGGCGAACACUAAAGAGGCACCUGAUCAUCCACUCAGGCGUGCGUUCAUUCAGCUGCGACAUCUGCGGGAAGCUCUUCACUCGCAGAGAACACGUCAAGAGACAUUCCCUGGUGCACAAAAAGGAUAAGAAAUACAAAUGUAUGGUAUGCAAGAAGAUCUUCAUGCUGGCGGCCAGCGUGGGCAUACGGCACGGCUCGCGACGCUACGGCGUUUGUGUGGAGUGUGCCGAUUCUCACCAGGGCACGCAGGAGGGUCUGGAGGGCAUGCAGGACCUGGAGUUCGCCCGCGAUGAAGACUUCGACGAAGCCGGAGAAGGGGACGAGGACAUGGAGGCAGAAGGGGAGGAGCCCAAUGAGAUUGACCAAUCCCACUGCGAGGGUGAUGCUGGUGCCACCCCCGUGAAGGACUAA